AUGUUCCGGACAGAGCACGUGAGGAGUUACAAGGCUGAUGUUGAGUACCAGGGAGAGGAAAAUCCUGGGAAAAAGGUGAAGUCGGGAGAUAUGAUAACGUUUGGGAAGGUGCAGAGCAAGAUUGGGCGUGUGGACAAUUUGGAGGAGGAUGGGUUCCAAUUUGUAGAUGAUCGAACCUCUUUGGAACGCGGAAUGUUCCGGACAGAGCACGUGAGGAGUUACAAGGCUGAUGUUGACUACCAGGGAGAGGACAAUCCCGGGAAAAAUGUGAAGUCGGAAGAUAUGAUAACGUUUGGGAAGGUGCUGAGCAAGAUUGGGCGUGUGGACAAUUUGGAGGAGGAUGGGUUCCAAUUUGUAGGCGGGAAAAUUCUAUAUAGAUGA